GACAACCAGUAUCAAUAGUAUUUGAAAGUGCCAAACAAUAGGAUACAUUUUGUGUGUUGUGAAUUUUGUGUAAUGUUUUUUGAUUGAUAAACAUAUGUAUCGCCGAAAUAGACGUGGGGGUGGCCCAAAGUGGUUUCGAACAGGGGACCGUAACAGACAGGAAACCGAUUAUAAAAAUAAUGGCAGAGGUGGUCCCAGCUAUGAGAGACACAGUAAUCGCUCUGAAGACCGACCUAGAGGAAGAGGAAGAGGACACCCUCCAGGACUGCGUGGCAAGGAGAUUGGUUUGUACUACAGGGAUCUGCACAAGAGGAAGAGAUUGGAAGAAAAGAUAUUGGUGAGACAGCGAAUCAAGUUAAAUCCAUCAUGUAGAGAGAAAAUUAUGAGGUUGUUGCAUACAGCAGAGAGAAAAUGGGGAUGUCCGGAUAAAAGACCUUAUCUGUUAAAUGCUGUAAAGAUCGAAGAAGAAGAGUCACAAAAUUCUGAGGGAAUUGUGCAUACAGCAGAAAGAAAAGGGGAAUCUCGAGAUGAAAAACCUAAUCUGUCAAUUGCUAUCAAGACUGAAGAAGACGAAGAAAAAGAAGAAAAACCACAAAAUGCUGAGUGUGGAUCAGUUUCAAAAGGACUGGAACAUAAAUAUAAGCACAUUAGGGACUCUCGAUUCAAGCAACAGUUCAUUCGUAGUGUAACAGGCAACAUGGAAUCCAAUCUUGAGCACUCUCUCUCAGUCCGUGUUCCUAUCAGUAAACGCAGAGAUUCAGAUUUAGACAAGAUGCUAAAGCAGCAACUGGAGCAGAGGCAGAUGGCUGGAGGACCACUUCUGAGCUUCCGGCGUACUUUACCAGCGUAUAAAAUGCAGAAAGAGAUACUAGAAAUAAUUGCUGCCAACCAGGUUGUCCUGCUGAGUGGUGAAACAGGCUGUGGAAAGACAACACAAGUGGCACAGUUUAUUUUGGAUGCAGAAAUUGCUGCUGAGCGAGGAUCUAUAUGCCGCAUAGUCAAUACACAACCACGGCGCAUUAGUGCCAUUUCUGUGGCCCAGAGAGUUGCUGAAGAACGUGAUGAACCAUGUGGUGGGCAAGACAGCAGUUGUGGAUACCAAAUACGACUUGAGAAGGCAUUGCCACGACACACUGGCUCAAUACUUUACUGUACUACUGGAAUCCUGCUACAGUGGAUGCAGUCUGAUCCUGCACUGCCUGACAUCUCACAUAUAGUUCUUGAUGAAAUCCAUGAACGAGAUAUAAUUUCUGACUUCGUGAUGACCAUUUUGAAGGACGUCUUACCUAGGCGACCUGAUCUUAAAUUGGUGUUGAUGAGUGCAACAUUGAAUGCCGAGUCAUUUUCUCGGUACUUCGACAACUGUCCUCUCAUAAACAUCCCGGGAUUCACUUAUCCUGUUCAGGAACUUUACCUGGAAGAUGUGCUGCAGAUUACUGAGUUCACUAUGCCAAUAUGUAAUGAAUCAGAAAGAUGCUAUUUCAGGUGUAUCGCAACAGCGAGAAAGAGGCAUAAGAGGGAAGAAUAUGAGAACUGGAUAGCACCAUAUAUCAGCAGAUUUGUCAAAACAUCUGGCAACACAUUUGUGCCCUGGAGGAAGCUAGAAACGGAAGGAAAGUACUCAACAAGGGUGAUACACAGUCUGAGAAAUCCUGAUUGUGAGGAGCUGAAUAUUGAGCUUAUUCGUGCUUUGGUUCAGUACAUAUGUAUGAAUAAGCCAGAGGGUGCCAUUCUUGUUUUUCUACCUGGUUGGGAUAAUAUUUCUGCACUGAACAGAUCAUUGGAAGAAAGUGGUGCAUUUCCACCAUAUAAGUAUCGUAUAAUUCCUCUCCAUUCUCUGAUGCCUACUGUGAUGCAGAAAUCUGUGUUUGAGAGACCGCCUCCAGGAGUCCGUAAGAUUAUAAUUUCAACAAGCAUCGCUGAAACCUCAAUAACAAUAGACGAUGUUGUAUAUGUUGUGGACUGUGGUAAGACCAAGAUGAAAAACUUUGAUAUUGAAAAAAACAUAUCUACCCUGCAGCCAGAGUGGGUGAGCCUUGCUAAUGCAAAGCAGCGGCGUGGACGAGCUGGAAGGGUGCAACCUGGUGUGUGCUAUCACCUUUAUACCAGAGCACGUGAAAUGAUGCUACAAGCAUAUCCUUUGCCGGAAAUGCUGCGUUCACGAUUGGAGGAGGUGAUUUUGCAGGUGAAAAUCCUGCAGCUGGGCCGAGCUGCCGAAGUUCUCACCCGCGUGAUGGACCCCCCAGAUUCGAGAGCUGUUGAUCUCUCCUUAGAGCUGCUGCACACACUAGGUGCACUUGACCAGGACGAGACCCUCACUCCUCUGGGCUUCCACCUGGCUCGUCUCCCACUGGACCCUCAGACUGGCAAGAUGAUUCUCAUGGCAGCAAUCUUUGGUUGUAUUGACCCUAUAUUCUCCAUUGCUGCAAGUCUCAGCUUCAAGGAUGCCUUUGUAAUACCACUGGGAAAAGAGAGUCAAGUGGAUGCUGUAAAACGUGAGCUUGCUGCAGGAAGCUGCAGUGACCACAUAGUAUUGGCAGAGGCAGUACGGAGAUGGGAAGCCUCAGGUUCGGGGCGUUCUGGCUUUUGCCAUCGUUAUUUCCUCUCGUGGAACACUCUCACUUUACUAAAGAAUAUGAAGAAGCAGUUUGCAGAGCAUUUGUACGAGAUGAAUUUUCUUGCAACAGCUGAUCCAAAGGAUGGGAGAGCCAAUAUUCACUCCAAUAACCGCAGUCUUAUCAAGGCCAUUGUAUGCGCUGGUCUGUAUCCUAAUGUUGCCAUUGUCAGGAAAGUGCGGAAGGUGCGGAAAACAAUGAAGUACUCUGUAACAUUGGACACACCUGAAGAUGGCAGAGUUAAACUGCAUCCAAAGUCGGUGAAUGAGCAGUGCCCCGAAUUCCCAUCUCCUUUGCUGGUCUACCACCAAAAACUGCGGAGUACAGCUGUCUAUUUGCACGAUACUACGAUGGUGUCACCACUAGCUGUGCUGUUCUUUGGCUGUGGCAUAGUUUAUGAGGGAAAGGACUCUGGUGAUGGUGUUGUUGUACUGCCUGGGGACCUUCGGUUUGCCUGUUAUAGGGAGACUGCUGAUGUAAUACAAAGACUUCGAGAUAGUCUUGAUCAGCUGUUAGCGCACAAGGUUAGCCAUCCUGGGCCUAUUGACUGGAGCCCAAGAAGUGAUGAGGCACCACUGCUCAGGGCCAUAAUGGAUGUGUUGUCAUACGAAGACAUUGAAUUGCGCACAGUGGCAGAAGAAGUAGACAGUUGUGGUGAAGAUGAUGAUUUUUGAUAGUAAUGCAUAUUGAGUAUGCUGAGAAGACAAACAUUGCAAGUGGAUUUUGUACUCUGUGUGUGUGUGUGUGUGUGUGUGUGUGUGUGUGUGUGUGUGUGUGUGGGCGCGCGCGUGCAAAAUAUGAUAUUUAUUUUUGUUGAUGAUGAUCUCAAUUUGUCUUGACAAAUCCUAAGUUAUUCAUUGUAUAAUAAAACAAAUAAAAGUAUUAUAUCCAUUAAAA